AUGAAAACUACCUGGUCAAGUAGUUUAUAUGGCGUGCAUGCUACCUUACAACUAAUAGUUCAUCCACAGUGUAACGAGAGAGGCCAGCUGCUGUUGGGAGACGAUGUCUGGUUGCACGACAGCAAUGAGUGAUUUGUAUGGCAACUCGUGUUGCUGCAGCACUGGGGAAUUAAGUCUGUAAGAAAAUGGUGGAUGUGAAGAACAGAUACUGCUGUUACACAGAGUUAGUUUCUAUGCAGCUGAUGCGCUUAGCCUAGUUUAUUUCAUGGAAACUUUUAAGCUGGAUCUGGUCCAACAUCCAGGGAAGCCUAUUGCUGCCGUUGAUUUGAGUGGGUUUUAUAUCGAGCCCAUUGAGGUCUCCGAUUGCAAGUAGUUCAAUAGGGGUUUUAUUUUUUUCUUCUUAAGUUUCCAUAAGCAUUCAGCAUUAGGUUAAUGGCUUAGCACCGACUGGAAGUUUUAAAAUUGAAUUUUGCCUUGGAAGGAUUUGUGCCGUGGAAAGUCAGAACAGUCAGAUCAAUGGCACAAAAACUUGUCCUCCGCGCAAGGAGAGCCUCCGGGUGCCUGGCUCGGCAAGGCACCGUGGAGAAGCCAGCCACGGGGAAGUAAGUAUUAUGGCACAGCCACCCACGCUGCCAGAAUAUUGUAGAAAUGGUUUACCUUGGGCAUGUCUUUUUCUCUAUUUGGAACACUCCACUGCUUCCAAAGGGUGUUUGGGGUGAGGAGAAAUUUGGGGUUUGACCUUUUAUGUCUUGCCAUUGGAGAAUUACCCUCAAGUGUUACAAAUUGGGAAGAUCUCCCGUCAGUCCAGAUCAUGGAUGAGAGAAGCACGUGUUACUCGCAGAGUGUGAGUUAAAUUCUAUUUGCCAUUGUUCACAAAUAGAAGAUUCUUUUUCACCCGCUUACAAUAACUAGUGUGGCAGAAGAAAAAAGUAUUUAACAUGUUUGCAUUUGUCCAUGAGAGGUUUAAAGAAAGACGCCAAAAACCCAAUAAGCUGUUUGAGCUGCAGCAAUCCCAGGUUACAUAAAUGGGCCGGGGUUGCCGAGGGAUUAGUCGGUGGCAUUACUGGUGGUGAUAAGCCCUCCCAAGUUCUGCUUGCUUUUCGCUCAGUUUUAUUUUAGAAACGGUCAAUCAGCCACAUUUGAAAACUGCCUGGGGUUAAUUUCCAAGGCUGUUGGGGUUAGAUUCCCGCCAAAGAAAGAAGGAAGGAAAAUUUGAAUUUUGGGAACACUUAGGUUUUUAAAAGCAUCCAGUACUCUGGUAUUAGUCUCGGGGUCCCUGUAUGGGAGCCGAGUUGUUGAGAGGUGGACUACAGUUUUUCACUGCCGGGUCCUUCUGAAAACUCCUGCCUUGCUUUAUUGGUGGCUUGUUUAUCCAUCUCAAAAACAGAUCCAACAGUAUUUUCAAAAGGCAGCUAUUAAGGGCACUUUAAGUUUUUAAAUGCCUUUGGGUCUGCCUCAGUGCUUAAGUGGACCUUUUUACCAGUGCUUUUUAAGAUAAAUAGUAAGUGUAAAAAUAACUGUCUUCCUCCCCUGUCAGGCAGAAUAAAACUUAAAAACUUGAUCCCCUUCUACCUAUUUGUUUGAUUCAGUGUGUUUGUACUUCUCAUCUUUGGAUCAUUUGCUCGCAGCUUCCAGAGCAGCAACUGAAGGAUGACAGAGGAACUACGUGCUAAUUUUUAUGUCAAAAAUAGCUUUCACCUUUAAACGCACAAGGCUCAAUGACUGUUUUCUAAUCAGAAAAAGAAUGCCUGAGCUUCUAUUGCGAAUUCAUUUUACAGCUGUGUUCAGAUUUGCCUGUCAGUCCCUAGUUAAAAUUGAGUACUGAGGUCUUGACCUAGAAACAAACCUUUUUUGGUAUUGGUUUGGAAAAAAGUAUUUCAGCACUAAGAGAAACCAAGCCAAGCUGUCCAGCUAGCUCCCUCGCAGCAGCCUGGCGAAAGCGUUAGCGUCACGUCGUUUCGCUGUACAUUGCAUCUCCUGGAAGCCCAAGUAAAGAGCAUUGGGAAAGCCGGGCUUACGAUUUUUAAAAAUAAUAGGGUUUUUUUUUUGUUCUUCAGGUUUCUGGGCUAAUUUGAAUAAUUUUUAAAAGUCCUGGGUUUUUCUUCAAGGAAGCAUAAACGCUUUUUGAAAAGGAGACGUUUGUAAAACAUUUCAGCAUGGGCAUCUGAAAUCACUGCUUGCAUCAGAGUGUAGACCUUUGCUUUCCUCGCGAAGCAUUUGCAAUAGCUACCUCCAACAUCAGCCCCUUCAGUAAAAAAACAAGGGGCGUUUUCAGAAUGUGUGGAACCUUUUGUUUUUCAGAGAAGCCAGAAAUAUUCCAGUCACCAUUUCACUUAGUUGUUCUCACCAGCUGUCAAGACAAAAACAUUUGUGUUCUGUGUUUUCCGUGCAAGGUUUGUUUUUCAGGGAAAUGCCAAUUUAGUUGGAACUGGCUGAAUUAAAUUUGCUAUUUUAAUUCCUCAUAGUUGUGUAUUUCUAUUCCCAUUUCUUUUUACUUCCUAGUGUCGUUAGCAGCUAAGACCCAUAUCAGAGGACAGUAAAGAAACGUGAUAAAAUCGCCUGUUUCCCCUGAAAUGAGCCUGGAUUAGGAAAAGAGUUUGCAGUCAACAAAGCUCACUGCAAGGUGCAGUGUCCGGAAGAGAUGCUGAUCUGCCUUUAACUUUGGGAAAGCAAAUGCUGCAGCACGUGUGCUCGUACGCGCUGAAAGCCCAAGGUUUGCCUCCAACGUUUGCAUUCUGAACUGAUGUCUGCGUUCCUUGUCAAAGCCUGACAGAUUUUUAGCCAGGCUAAGGAUCGCUCAGCUGCCAGAUGCGGAUGAAACGAGGGAGCGGGCAAAAACCUCUGCAUGGAGGGCUGUCCUGUGGGAGAGCUUUGGGCUGUCCCAUGGGCGUGCGGGGGUCUGGCACCCACAGCCGUGCUUCCCAACGGGUCUGGCCUGCCACGGCAGGGUGCUGCGGGAGGCUGGCGUGGGUGCCCCGAGAUGCGGCGUUCCUCCCGCAGCGUGUCUGGAAGCGUUUGGAGAGCGACGAGGGAAGUGGAGGCCCUGACCUGCUGCCGCUGGCGGUCUCUCUCCGCUCUCUGCAAAACGGGAAGUGUUUGCCCUGUGUAAAUUGGCUGCUGUAAUUAGUAAGAGGUUGCUUCCCGGCCUGAGCCGUUCCACGGUAUGGCUGCAAGCUGUCAGGGGCUGUGGCGCUGGAUACGGCUGCGUUCUGUCUGUGGCCCAAGCGAAGCUUCUUUAUAACCCGUGUGCCGCGCUCGGCCCCUGGGGCAGGAGCAGGCAUCCUGCUCCUCACCCCGCCGUGCCUCGGGCUGCUGGUGGGCUACGAGCCACGGGCCAGGCGCGCUCCGGAGCGCGGAGGCGACUGAAAACCGGCCCUGGGGAGCCGCGCUCCUCGGAAUGCUGUCCUGCCAGACCCCGCAGCCGGGGGGCCUGGGGCAGCGCCGGGGACCCUCGGCUCCCGCGGAUCCCGCCAGGGGCCGGGCAGAGCCCGGGGGGCGGCGGGGCUGAGGGGCCCGGGGGCGCGGGCUCCCGCGGCCAGCGGCCGCCUCGGCCCGGGGAGGGGGGGCGGUGACCCCCCGAGGGGGGCCCUGAGCGACCCCCCGUCGCCGCUGCAUUUCGGCCCGGCCGCCGCUAGGCCCCGCUCCCGGCGCCCCCCCCGGGCCGCCCCGGCCCCGGCCCCGCCGCGCCGCCCCCAGCUGCCGGGCACGGCCGCCCCCGCCCGCCCGCCACGUACGUCUCCCGUCCCGGCUCCCUUCCAUGGUUCCCGGCGCGAGUGGUGCCCGCCGCCGCCCCCGCAGCGCCGACCGCCGGUGGGAGGAUGCUGCAGCGUGCCGGAGGCUGACGCGCGGUGCUGCUGGCCAGGGGGAGCGGGACCCCCGCUGCCCACCCAUGCUCCCCGCCGGCUGCUGGGGCAGCGCCCCGUGACAAGUGGUGGUGGGCGCCCACCUCGCUGCAGCUGGGACCGCAGCCGCUGUGGCCCUGCGCCAGCUGCCCCGCCAUGACGAGCCUCUUCCGUCGGAGCAGCAGCAACGGCAGCUCACGUGGCGGCUCCUCCGCCCAGGAGCUCAACAACAGCCGCCCUGCCAGGCAGGUCCGCCGGCUGGAGUUCAACCAGGCCAUGGAGGACUUCAAGACCAUGUUCCCCAACAUGGACUAUGACAUCAUUGAGUGCGUCUUGAGAGCUAACAACGGCGCUGUGGAUGCCACCAUCGACCAGCUCCUCCAGAUGAACCUGGACAGCAGCGGCUGUGACGACAGCUCGGACUCGGAGGACAGCAUCCCUGCCGAGAUCUUGGAGCGGACCCUGGAGCCGGACAGCUCGGAUGAGGAGCCCCCUCCUGUCUACUCCCCUCCCGCCUACGAAAGCCAGGCGUUCCGAGGCCGCUACCCCCGCGCACCGCCCACCCCACCGCCCAGGACAGACGUGCCAGGGCCCGGCAGCACCCCAGUGCCUGGGCACUACAGGAACUGGAACCCGCCGCUCCUGGGCAACCUCCCUGAGGACUUCCUCCGCAUCCUGCCCCAGCAGACUGCCAGCACGCAGGGCUCCCACGGCUGCCGGCAGCCUGUGCCACGGGGGCUUGCCCCACGUGGCCAGGGCUCCCUGGAGCAGGAGCGGCGGUGGAAGCAGUACCUGGAAGAUGAGCGGAUCGCACUCUUCCUGCAAAAUGAAGAGUUCAUGAAAGAGCUCCAGAGGAACCGGGAUUUCCUCCUUGCCCUGGAGAGAGAUCGAUUGAAAUACGAGUCAAAAAAAUCCAAGUCGAGCAGCAUUGCUGUCAGCAGCGACUUCGGUUUCUCCUCCGUAAUAUCAGGUGACAUAGCCCCCUCUGUAACCAGCGAGGCCGGCAGUGCCGUGUCUGAUGAUGCCUUAUUCAGAGACAAAUUGAAACACAUGGGAAAAUCCACCCGCAAGAAGCUGUUUGAACUUGCCAGAGCCUUCUCCGAGAAGACAAAGAUGAGGAAAUCAAAAAGAAAACACUUGUUGAAGCACCAGGUGCUGGGGACAGCGGCUUCCACAGCAAAUCUUCUCGAUGAUGUCGAAGGACAUUCAUGUGAUGAAGACUUCCAAGCGCGGAGGCAGCAGCUCCGGGAGGAGGAGGAGACGCCGAAGGAAGGGCAGUAAAUGGUCCCAGCGCUGGGAUUUCUUGCUGGCACAGAAUGUGCACAGGGCUUCAUAAGAAGAUGGCUGAAAAAGGAAAAAAAACACCCAACAAAUUACCCAGUUUUUUGGCUGUUCCCCCUCUGCUGUUGUACUCCUCUGAAGUACAAGUAUUGAAGUGAGGCACGAUGUUUUCUUACCAGUGGUUUGAAAACAACUUAUCCUAUCUAGCAAAUCAGCCAAAAAGGAAAAAAAAAAAAAGGAAAAAAAAGUCGGCAGCUGAUGUGAGCUGCUGUAGAGGAGCCAGCGGAGCUCAGACUUGGGAGGAGCAGCGUCCUGCCUGCGCUCUCUGUCCGAGCAGCAUCGCAGGAGGAAUGAAAAUCAGUUGUACUAACGAGGACGCAUUCAUGUGUGGGAUCUGCUUGGCCGGAGCACUCCUGAACAUAUCUCUGUAGCGAUCUGAUGUAACUUUACUCUGCACACACAGGAAAAAAAAUCAACCACACGUGAGAAAGUGAACCUAACAGCUGUUGUCUACUAUCGCUAGGGGUAAUGAGCAGAGAUUCAGAUCAGGUAAUAGUCAAAUAAUAUAAAUUGUUUAUAAAAGGAAAGGCCUUCUUUUCCUAGGCGUUUCACUUUGAAUUAAACCUUUGCCUUUGGCAUUGCUAAAACUGC